AUGGGCGACUCAGAACGCCCGACCAAGAGGCUGCAUGUCGAGUCUGACACACCCUUGCCGAGCAAGAGCAUUCAAGGGAGCCCUUGGAUGACCGACGGCACCAUAGUACUGCGAGCGGUCUCUAAGACUGACGAGCAAGUUACAUAUACCCUCUGGAAGGUUCACAAGUCUGUGCUGUCCUAUCAUUGCGCUUUCUUUCGCGACUUGUUCGGCGGGCCGGGUGAUUCGACAUUACUGGACAACACUUCAGAGCAGUACGAUGGGGUGCCGGUCAUGGACGUGCAGGAUGUUGCGGAGGACAUGGCCCAGUUUUUGAAGGCGAUGUACUCUCCAGCUCAACUUCAACAACAUCACUAUACGAGGACCUCCGGUGACCGUGUCGCUGUGAAUGCUACUUUCCCCGGGAUGUACGCUGGAAUCUUGCGUUUGGCACACAAGUAUGAUGCGAAAGAGCUCCAUGGGCUUGUAUCUCUCAGCCUGACGCAGCAGUGGCCGUCGACUCGGGAACAAUGGACGGCCGUGCAUCGGAUAGGCUAUAAGGCGGAGAAUCACCCGAACCCUGUCGAAGCCAUCGCUCUUGGCUAUAUGUAUAACGUCCCUGAUAUCUUACCAACCGCGUUUUACGACCUAUAUCUCUCCCACGAGAAGGAGGGUUUGGGUCGCCCUUACGACCUUUCACCCUUGGACUCGAGUCCUCAAUUGCUGCGGUACUACAUCAUAGGACGUGGCUUUGUAAACUCGGCUAUCGAUGGUGUGGGCCAAACCGUACUCGCCUCUAGUAAGCUAAAGGAGCUGAAAGAGGAAUGUGAACACGGGCGGGGGACCACUUGCCGUAAUGGCCUCACAACAUGGUAUUACAAUCACGUGCGAUUGUACAAAUCAGACGCAAACUUCUUACUGGGUGGUAUCGAGCGGAUGAUUGAGCUCUUGAGGGCCAAUACGGCCGAAGGCGCAUGUGAAACGUGCCAAUUUGGAUUCUCCCUCAUGCUCGCUGAAGAGCGCGAAAAGUUCUGGGCUCGGUUACCCACCAUCUUUCAGGUGGAUGGCCUGGUUCACGAGGACUGGGGAGCUCAUCCCUCGCAUCCUAUGUUUCCUGCUUGA